CUAAACUUGAAGUAUUUUCAUUUUGUAGGUGUUCACCAGAAGCCCCUUGGGCAGCAAGAUGGGAGAGAGACCAUAGUUGUGCCAAAAGGGGGGGGGGCUGCUGCUCACCCAAAUUUUGGGCAGAAAAGGCAGAAGAUUGUUGGAGAGGAGAUGAUUUAAAAGAAGGCAAAAAGUGAAAAAAAUUAUGUGAAGAAUCCAUGAGGGAUUGGAAAAGAAUGAGAGUUAGGGUGACUAUUUAUUGGCUUAAGAAUGAAAAAAAGAGUGGAAACAUGAAAAUGUAAUUGGGGGAAAACUUUUUUUUGUAAUGGAAGGAAAACUAGAGGGAGUAAACCAAAAUUUUGUGUUUAAUGGAUGUGCCGUCCUUUUUGUAUUGGGAAAAUGAAACGUAAAUCAGUCCCAUCCCUUAAUUCUAUUACUUUUAAAAUAGAGGUGUUUUUGGAACCUUUAUUUUUUUUAGUCCUAGAUUGGCAUGCCAAGUCAGUCUAGAAAGAAAAUUACCAUACGAAAAGAGUAUUUUAAAAAAAAUAUAUUUAAUUACUUGAAAAUAAAUAUUUAAUUACUCGAAAAUGAAUUUUGAUUAGGGUUGGUGGAACAAACAAGAUUUACCAUGAAAGGACGCCCUAGCUAGGGCGGCCACUGGGGACAUCUACCUCCUCUUUUCUUCACUCCCUCGUUUUCCCUCUUCUUAUCACCUUCACAAUUUUCUCUGGAGCACACAUAAACCUCUCAUAGAUCAACUGUAUGAUUAUAAGCCACAAGUAAACCUCCGAAUCUGCUGUUUUCAGUUCGAGAAACAUAAGUUUCUGCACACACGUCUCGUGUGCGGAUUUGCUCGGAGGAGGCCGGAGGCUAUGCAACCUUGCUGGUGGGGGCUGCAGCGGCUACGGCGGAGCGGUACAUCCAAUGCGGAGGCGGAAUCAGGUCGUUGAUGGCCGUUCUGCAAAUGAAUUGGCAGCCGAGCCUCCUCAGGCACAAACGCAAAUCGAGUCCUCCCUUAGGGCUCAGAAACCUAGGCAACACCUGCUAUCUUAAUUCCGUCCUCCAGUGCCUCACCUACACCCCUCCUCUCGCGAAUUUUUGUCUCCAAUCCCUUCACUCGUCCUCAUGUGAUGUGGCCCGGGAGAAGAAGAGCGAGUGCCCUUUCUGUAUUCUAGAAAAGCGAAUUGUUCGGUCUUUGAGUCUAGAUUUGCCACUGGACAGUCCUUUGAAGAUUAAUCGCUGUUUGAGGAUUUUUGCACAGCAUUUUAGAACAGGGAUGCAGGAGGAUGCACAUGAGUUUUUGAGAUAUGUGAUUGAUGCCUGCCACAACACAUGUUUGCAGUUGAAGAAGCUGCAGCAACAGAGAAAGAAGGCUGGAAAUGGAAAUGCUACCAGCGGGUGUGGGAAUGAUAGUACUAUUGUUAAGGAAAUUUUUGGAGGUUCUUUGCAGAACCAGGUAAAGUGCCUAUCUUGUGGUGCUGAGUCGAAUACGGUAGACGAGAUCAUGGAUAUCAGUCUUGAUGUUUUGCACAGUAGUUCUCUGAAAGAUUCUCUGCAGAAAUUCUUUCAGCCAGAAAUUUUGGAUGGUAAUAAUAAGUACAAGUGUGAUAAGUGUAAUAAAUUGGUGACUGCACGGAAGCAGAUGUCAUUACUUCAAGCACCAAAUGUUCUUGUUAUUCAGCUCAAGAGGUUUGAAGGUAUAUUUGGUGGGAAGAUUGAUAAGCUUAUUAAUUUUGAGGAGGUUUUAGUGCUUUCAAGCUACAUGUGUGAAGAAAGCCAGGUGGGUUCCUAAAAUAAGUCUGAGAAAUCUGUCUUCAACAUGCAGGUAGCUCUUAUAAUGAUUUAUCUAAUGUGGAACAUUAUUGCCUGCUAAAUUUGGUUAUGUGUAAGUAUCUAUGUUUUUAGGCUCUCAUGUUGUAGUGGAAACAAUUUGAAAUCCUUUGGGGCAUCAAAAAUAAUACUUCGUAUGACUUUGUAUUCACUUUCUUUUUCUACAUAACAUACAUUGAUCCUUCCUCUAACUUUAAUGAUUUCUGACUGGUUGGUCACUAAUAAUUAGACCUGUCAGUU